AUGAAAAAAUUGAAGUACACUCGUCACUCUUUGUAAGGUUUGGUUUUGCCACAUAUAUUUUGUUAUAUAAUUAGCUUAGCUUAUAAAUCACAGAGUAUCUCAUUCCCCAUUUUCACUAUCAUCUCUCUCUCUCUUCUCUUCAACCAAGCUACAACAAUGGUGUUGUUCAAUGUUUCCAGAGUUCAGACCAAGCCUUUCGAUGGCCAGAAGCCUGGAACCUCUGGUCUCCGCAAGAAAGUGAAGGUUUUUGUUCAGCCUCACUACUUAGAGAAUUUUGUUCAGGCAACAUUCAAUGCCCUUACUGCAGAAAAAGUUAGAGGUGCAACACUUGUUGUAUCUGGUGAUGGCCGGUAUUACUCAAAGGAUGCUAUUCAGAUAAUUACUAAGAUGGCAGCAGCCAAUGGAGUAAGGCGCAUAUGGGUUGGUCAGAAUGGUCUACUCUCAACUCCCGCUGUGUCAGCUGUUAUACGUGAAAGAACUGGAGUGGAUGGAUCAAAGGCAUCGGGAGCAUUUAUAUUGACUGCAAGUCAUAAUCCGGGUGGUCCUAAUGAGGAUUUUGGGAUUAAAUACAACAUGGAGAAUGGUGGACCUGCUCCGGAGGGUAUCACUGACAAGAUAUAUGAGAACACAACGACAAUCAAGGAGUAUUUAACUGCUGAUCUGCCCGAUUUUGACAUCUCUACAAAUGGUGUUACGAGCUUUGCGGGGCCUGAAGGACAAUUUGAUGUUGAAGUUUUUGAUUGUGCAAGUGAUUAUGUUAAACUGAUGAAGUCAAUUUUUGAUUUUGAGGCUAUCCGAAAGCUUCUAACAUCUCCCAACUUUACAUUCUGUUAUGAUGCCUUGCAUGGAGUUGCUGGGGCUUAUGCAAGCCGUAUUUUCGUGGAAGAGCUUGGCGCACAAGAGAGCUCUUUAAUUAACUGCACACCCAAGGAAGAUUUUGGUGGAGGACAUCCAGACCCUAAUCUGACUUAUGCUAAAGAGUUGGUUGCUCGAAUGGGUUUGGGAAAAUCGGAUACUCAAGGCGAACCUCCUGAAUUUGGUGCUGCUGCUGAUGGUGAUGCAGACCGUAAUAUGGUCCUUGGUAAAAGGUUUUUUGUCACUCCUUCGGAUUCUGUUGCCAUAAUUGCUGCAAAUGCUGUUGAUGCUAUCCCAUACUUUUCUGCUGGUCUGAAGGGAGUUGCCAGGAGCAUGCCUACUUCAGCUGCUCUUGAUGUUGUAGCUAAGCAUUUGAAUUUGAAGUUCUUUGAGGUACCUACUGGCUGGAAAUUUUUUGGUAACUUGAUGGAUGCUGGAUUAUGCUCUGUUUGUGGUGAAGAAAGUUUUGGAACUGGUUCUGACCACAUUCGGGAGAAAGAUGGGAUCUGGGCAGUUUUGGCUUGGUUAUCCAUUCUUGCGUAUAAGAAUAAGGAUAACCUUGGUGGUGGAAAGCUUGUGACAGUUGAAGAAAUAGUUCGUCAACAUUGGGCUAAAUAUGGUCGCCAUUACUAUACUCGAUAUGACUAUGAGAAUGUGGAUGCGGGUAAAGCAAAGGAACUAAUGGCGUACUUGGUGAAGUUACAAUCAUCUCUUCCUGAAGUAAAUGAGAUAGUGAAGAGUGCACGUUCUGAUGUUUCCAAGGUUGUCCAUGGUGAUGAAUUUGAGUACAAAGAUCCUGUUGAUGGUUCCAUUUCAAAACACCAGGGUAUUCGAUACUUGUUUGAGGACGGCUCAAGAUUGGUAUUCCGUCUCUCUGGCACUGGCUCAGAAGGCGCAACCAUCCGUCUAUACAUUGAGCAGUACGAAAAGGAUCCAUCUAAAAUUGGCAGGGAGUCUCAAGACGCACUUGGUCCUCUCGUUGAGGUUGCUCUUAAGCUUUCGAAGAUGCAAGAAUACACCGGCCGAUCUGCCCCAACCGUGAUUACAUAGACGAGCAUCAAUCGGUAUGGAAUUUGGAGGUUUCAUUAAAAAUGGUUAUGAAAUGGUGAAUGGUCUUUCUUUUUCAUUUGGUUCUCUUCUUUUAUAUAUGCUCUACCAAAUUGAGUAGAUUUUCAUACACAAUCACACAAUGAGAGUAUUGGGGUACCAUUAAUGUGUAGUGUAUUGAGAUAUAAAUUUUUGGUUUAAAAUAAAUGUAUAAAUAAGGUAAAUGUUGUGGCUAUCCUCAGCCAUCAGUAUCUGAACUCCAUAAAUUUGAAGUUUCAAUCUUUUUUUUUUU